AAUUACUCGCUGCUGGGCGUCCUUGGCAAGGGGUCCUACGGCGAGGUCAAGCUGGCCAUCCAUAAGCUCACCAAGCGGCGCGUCGCCGUCAAGACCAUCGCACGCGCCAAGCUGACGGAUGCGAAGCUGCGCCGGCGUGCAGAGGCGGAGGUCGAAAUCCAUUCGCGGCUGCGCCACCGGCACAUCGCGCGCCUCUUUGAGGUGAUCUACUCGACGCGUGACAUCUGCCUCUGCAUGCAGUUCGCGCCCGGAGGCACGUUGCGAGAGCUCCUCGACGCGUCUGGCCCUCUGAGCGAGGAGCGCGCCCGCCGCUAUAGCCGGCAGCUGCUGGGUGCGCUUUGCUAUUGCCACGGCGCGCAGCUGGUUGUGCACCGCGAUCUGAAGCUCGACAACUUGCUGCUCGACGCAGACGACAACCUCCUGCUGGCCGACUUUGGCUUCGCCGCCUCGAUCGCCUCGACGCGGCGGCUCAAGCUGCUCUGCGGCUCGCCCCACUACUCGGCGCCGGAGAUCUUUGCGCAGCGAGAGUACGUCGGCACGCAGGCCGACCUGUGGAGUACGGGCGUGCUGAUCUACACCUUCCUCGCCGGCCAUUUCCCCUUUCAGGCCGACUCGAUGGACGCGCUCGGGCGCAAGGUCCUGCGUGGAAAGUGGGACAAGCCGCUCCCCGCGAGCGACGCCGCUCGCGAUCUCGUGCGCCGGAUGCUCGCCGUCCCCGCCGUUGAGCGCGCGACGCUCGAGGAGGUGUGCUCGCACGCGUGGGUGCUCGACGGCGCACGCUCCGCCGCCGAGGUGAUUCCAAGCGAGGGCGAGGAGGAACGCGCGUGCGACGAGGCGGCGGUAGCCGAGCUCGAUGCGAUCGGCUGCAACGCGGCGCUGGUGCGGCACCACGUCGAGCACGGUACGCGCAACCACGUCACGGCGGCGCACGAGGUGAUCUGUUUCGCGCCGCCGUUGGAAAGUUGA